GAUCGGCCGCGUUGUCGUGCUUGUCCUUUGCCGCCCAUCAUAUAUACUACCUCACUUCCAUUUUCAAGAGACGGACCAAUAAUCGGCCAUGGCUGCACCUGCAUUCCUCCUCCUCCUCCUCCUCGCUGUCGCCGGAGCAGUUGCUGGUGCCGAAUACGACCGACCACCAGCCGUUGUCGUGAUGAACUUCACAGAGUUCGGCCCCGUCGAUGACAUGAUCUCCGUGGGCGUGGAGACUCACGACCUCUCCAUCGGCGGCUUCACCAACGGGCGCGGCCACUGGCAGUCCUUCCCAGGCCACGACCAGCUGUUCCCGGAUUCCACGCCCCUCCCGUUCGGCAACAGCUACGAGGAGCUCAUCGGCGGCCUGGCGAACCUGCCGGACCUGCCGCUGGGGCGGGAGGCCAUGCAGCAGGCCGCCAGGGUGCUCUCCGCCUACGACCUGGCCACCACCACCGACUUCGAGCCGCUCAAGCGGGCGCUGGCGUCGCUGAAGGUGAUGCUAUCCGAGGCCGGCCGGCUGCAGCCCAUCAGCGAGACUGUCAGCAGCGGCUGGGAGAGCGGAGCCCGCGUCGCCCCCGAGCACCUGCCUUACAUCGAGCACUGGGACACCAUGUCCUACGAGAUCAUCCGCGCGAACCGGACGGGCAAGUGGGGCGGGCCCUUCACCGGCAUGCUGGAGAAGAGCGCCAACAUCCGCAGCAUGGACGAGGCGCUCGCCGUGGUCAAGGUGCUGCUCAACCCCAGCUUCGAGCAAGUGCUCAUGGCUCACGCCACCAUCAUCAACCUGGAGUAAACUUGCAUCUGGUUUAGACUUUAGAUAGAACUGUGCUCCGGACAUCUCGACUCCAAGUUUCUUCAGGUUCCUCUUCUUAUAGUUAUUAUCUGGUUGGAUCAUGUACUUUCGCAAAAAAUAAAAAAAGUAUGCCCUUUCAGCUUGCUUG